UGUUGCGUUCGUUAUUGUGUCUUCGGCUCGGUUAGUGAAAGGAAAGUCUGUUCAGGCGCGGGUGUUUGGCCGCAAUUUUCAGAAGUUUUGAGAUGUUUAUAAAAAGUAAUGGCUGCCGAAUCUGAUGAUGAAAAUGAGGGACGUACUUGUAGUCCAGAAUUGAAGCGAUCCAACAUUUUGAUACUUCAAAAUAUUGGAGUAUGUUUGUUUACUUUUUAUUGCAUCUAUUUCGCAAUGUCUGCUUUGAUGCACGGAGUGUUUCAUGUUGAAUCAACAUUUGAUGGACGUCAGCCAUUCAAUUUUGUAGCCAUGUCAAACCUGGACUUUUCCACUGGCUCAGUAGAAAGCGUUGCUUGUUUCCUUGCUAUGGAGCUGACAUAUUUUUGCACCACUCUUGUGAUAUCAUUCUACCUUUUGUCUCGUGUUUGGGAUUAUGCAAUAACAAUCACCUUUGUGCACCUAAUCCUCAGUUGUGCAGUAAUGAUGGCAUUACCAACAACAUGGCAAUGGUGGUGUUCAAUUGGAAUUGGCACAUUAUGGAUGAUAACAAUGGGUGAAUGUAUUUCUUUUUUCCUAAGACGAAAAAAGGCAAGAAGAGCUAUUGGGAAUUCUCUAGUUCUGCCUAGUAGUAAUAAUUAUAAUAAAUCGUAAAGUUCAGUGUUAAAAUUCUUUGUAUCUAUAACUGUGUAUAAUAUAGUUUUAUCAAACUAUCACAAGUUUCCUUCAGUACUGCUGUAUUUAUAAAGUGCCCAGAAGCUUUUUUAAUAUGCUGCUACCAAUUAUAUGUAACAAUCAUCUAAAAUUUGGGUAUUUUCCCAAAAAAUUACCUAUUGAACGAUGAUUUAUUCUGAUCUGGUCAGGAAAACUUGUACGGCCCGCCUAGAAUUGCCAUUUUGAUUGGUGUGCGGCCCAUGAAACAACUUUUUCCAAUCUCUUUGCGUUGCAAUGCCUAUAUCCGAGCUUGUGCAAAGCAAACAACGCAUGUUACAAGAUCAAUAACCAAAAUUUAACAAGUCAAAGUACGGCCAGGGGUUUCAUCCAGUUAUUUGUAUCUGGCCCUUGCACACCCCUGCUUAACCCAUUCAAAUACCCAUCUGCGGGAUCAAAAAUUAAACUUCGCCCCCAUUAUGAAAUACAAAUUUAUCAGUCAUAUCAGUAACUGCUUUAUACUAUUUUAUUAUGUGUCUCAACUUUAAAGCCUUAACAUUUUGACAAUACAAUCAUUUGAAACUGUACUGCCAAGUAAAUUAAGAAGUAAAUGUUUUAAUUCCAAAAGUGCUAUUUUCUUGCCUCAAUAUCAUUCCUAUUUUAAUUUCUGUGUUCUUGCCAUUACCUAUAUUUACGAGUGGACAUUGUUAACUGUGACUGAAAUUGCACGUUUUAUAUUUUUUAGUUUGUGUUAUUGUAAAAAGAUGUUAAUAAAAUAAAGUGUACCUAAUUUUGA